UUUACCGAAGACUCUAAUUACAGGGCUAGGAGAAGUUUUAGGUAUUGUAGGAGUAGAAACGAGGACGAUUCAAGUGCAAAUUAUGAAGAAAAUAAAAUAGUUUCGGUGAAUGAUUCAGAAGAAUGAAUGAUGUACAGUCAAAGUUCCUUGUAUGAAUUAGGAUUUGUUAAAGGCUCUAAUAAUGAAAUUGUAAAAAAUUGAGAGAGUCCUACCAUUGAAGAGGAAAAGGCUAAAAGUUUAGAUGGGAUAGAUAUGACAAUCGGUUUUCCAGCUUAUCAAAAAUUAAAGAAGAGAAUAAAAGUGACUGAACUCCAGAGAUUUCAGAAGCUCAAAAAAUAACCAAGAAUAGAUUCCGUGCUCGAGAACUUAGAAGCAUCUCAAGGUUAAGUAAUCCAGUGCCUAGUUAUAAGAAGACAAGGAGAAGCUUAGUAAGAGAUAAGAUGCUAAAACACAAUUUGUAAACCAGGGACUAUAAGGAGAAGAAGUUUAGAUAGCAUGUUAUGAAACAUUUCAAUAGUGAGGAGUAAUAGCUCAAGGAUAAGCAACAUGAAUAGCUUAUAUAGUGAUUCAAGUAAUAGUAUAAGACCUAACUAGAUAAGCUAUCCAAGAGAUUCUCAAAGCAAUAAUUUGAGGAAUAGUCAAAUAAAUAUCCCAAAUAAUGAUCAGAUGAGUGAAUUUACUAUUAAUCAAGAGAGAAGAAGUCUAACAGAAAUCUUUCUAGUCCAAAAAUAGUAUUAGAUAGAGCACCAAAUUCCAUUUGGAAUUCCACCAGACCAGGAAUCUUCAAGGCAAUAUUGGAUUUUGUUUAUUCAGUCACUAUUUUUAUUCUUUAUCUGCUAAAUUCAGGAGAAGACUGAGGUUCUCAUAUAAAUGGUAUUAUCUUGACAGAGAUAAUCCUUCAAUUGGUUGUCUUUAAUGGUAUCAGAUUAGUAUUACUAAUAUUAAUAAUUUUAUUGAAAGCAAGAGCCAACCGCAAUCAAGAUAGGUCAAGAAUUCAGGAGGUUAACCUACUCUUCCCAAAACUACAGCUCUUAAUUCUGAAUUCUCCGAACUUACCAGCGAAGACCUAUGCAUAAUCUGCUUCUCAAAUUUCAGCCCUGAAUCUCCUGCUGUCUUCCUUCCCUGAAGUAAAUCUCACCUAUUCCACGCACAAUGUAUCAGAGAGUGGCUGAUCUGAAGGCUAAGUUGUCCUAUCUGAAAAUCGCCUGUAACUUUAAAAGCCAUCAAAGCUGCAGUCAAAAUUUUGAAGAAGAACAACAGAAGGUUUAAAUGUUAGAAUUUGUCUCAAUUUUAAUGAACG